CUCAAAUUUGGUGUUUUGAGUUAGAGCGUGGAUUUGAAUGAUUGGCUACUCAGUUUGGUGUUAUGCAGUUUUUCAGCACAGUUUGUGAUAGAGUUUCCUCUUUCAGUUCAAAUAUAUAUGAAACCUUCUAUGAUCUUAUUAACAAGUUCACUUUGUUUUACUCUGGAGUCCUUAUAAGUAUAAGAGAAGGUAUCUUGGCAGAAAUAUUCCCGAGCCUUCUUUUGUCGUAUAAUGCCACGGUCCUCCUCAUACUGACUCUAUUUUUGCUGGGUCUAUCGACAUUUUUACUACUACGGCACUUAAAGUCGCAUGUGCCUUUGCGUGUUAAAACCACUCAAGUUCCUCGGGGAUUCCGCCGAAGAGAUAAGAUCAGGUACCAUGCAAUCAGAUUCGGGCGCAAAUUCAGUGAAAUAACGGAGGAGUUAAAAAAGGUACAGACAAAGGAAGAACGGAGAACUACUAUCAUAAAUUUCGCGAGAAAAAUCUUCAAGUUGCAUGACAUCGAAAAGUCGCCGACGCUGGCCUAUGGUCGACUUCCUGAGUCGUUUUUUGAACCAGAUGAGGAAGAUGUCUCUUCAUUACCAGAAGAUCUUCGCUUGAUGAUAAGUUCGAUAAGGGUUUUCGGGCAACUGGAAAAAUCAUUUUUCAUCAGGUUUUGCAAAUUCAUUGAGACAAUAGAGCUAAAUGUAGGCGAGUAUCUGUUCCGUAUUGGAGAUGAAGAUAAAUAUGUGUAUGUUAUUCGUAGUGGUAGAAUCCAAAUCACUGUCACAGAACCGGAUGGAUCCAAGUGCAUCAUCGCUGAAGUUGGAAAGGGUGGGAGUGUUGAUAGUUUGCUAUCUGUUCUGAGUAUACUUACUGGUUAUCCUUCAACUUUUGAGUUCAUGGAAGCAGUCGCUUUGGAGCCCACAACUGUAUUAUGCUUACCGGCCCGAUCAUUUUUGGAAAUAUGCAAAACACAAACACCUCUUUUUCGCAUUAUUCAGAUGAUUGCAGUUAGACUUCAGCGUUUGAGCUUCAACGCGUUGCACACUUAUCUUGGUUUAAGUUCGGAACUAAUUAAUAAGGACUUUUCCCCUAUAUCUGGUUCAUCUGAAGCUCACGAAUUCCUAUGCAAGGUUUUUGAGAAGAGACCAUCAAUGAAAGACUUUAACAAAUUCGGUAAUAUUAGUUUAAAAUACCCGGAUUUAGAUCUUACAUGUUCAAAAGUUAAAUUUUCCAUAUCGAAUGUCACAGAUCAAAAGUCCAAAAAUUCUGAAUCAGAAUUAGAACAGGUUUUCACCUAUAAUGAUGAUCUGAAUUUAGAUUCAAUGUCUCAAUCUGGUGCACUUGAAUUAGGUGAAAGUCCUAUAUUUUACAAUCGGAAAACGGCAUCACCCAUAUUUUCACCUUCUCAACCACCUAGUCCAAAUUGUAAACAUCGUUCCACUAAUUUACGUCGGGCACGCUCUCUUGCAGAUACAUCUCGUAAACUUCAAUUAAACUAUGACGAUGUAAAUGAUGUGAUAAAAGACAUUGGUAAUAAAAAUAACAAAGGAGAACCUUGUGAUUUUGUUAAAGAUGUUAAUUUUACCAAAAGUGAAUUAGAAGAAAUGAUAAAAUUCGCUGAAAAAGAUUUAGCUAAUUUAUUAAAUUUAACCGAUACCAGUAUCCUGCAUGAACAUGUUUCACUUACCACUGUUUCAUCUGAUUUUAUACUUUCAAGAGAAUGUGAAAUGCAAUUAGAAAUGUAUUAUGUAAUAUUUGGAGAAUUGAGAGCUUUCCAAUCAACUAAUGAUGGACCUAAUAAUGAUGUCAUUACAAUGUUUAAAUGUGGACCAGGAAAAGCAGUUGGACUUUUGGGACUGAUAACCGGUGAACCAAAUAUUUAUGGCGUACAAGCUACGACAAAGACUAUUGUAGCUGUUUUAUCCCGUGAGACAUUUUACUCUGUAGUUCGUCAAUAUCCUAAGGCUUUGUUCAGUGUUACUCAUAUUAUUUCUUCUCAUUUAUCACCGUUAUUUCAUCAACUUGAUUUUGCCAUAGAAUGGUUGUCUGUUAAAUCAGGAAAGGCUUUAUAUAAGAAAGGAGAAAUCGCAAAUCAUGUAUAUGUUGUUUUAAGUGGUCGAUUAAGACAAGUCGACAAUAUGCCUGAUGGAGGUCAUCGUAUAGUCAGUGAAUUAGGGCGUGGUGAUCUCGUUGGUUUUCUUGAAGUCAUAAGUCAGCAAACACGAAUAUCUACAGUUAUGGCGAUUAGAGAUUCAGAAUUGGCUCAAAUCCCUUCACAUUUACUUCAUUAUCUUAAGAAUAAAUUUCCACAAGUUUUAACUCGUAUUAUUCAAUUAUUAUCGGAUAAAUUAUUGGGUAAUUUAACAACUAGUUCUAGUACGGCUAGUCAAUUGGGUAUGCCACUUCUACAUAUGACUAGUACAAAUUCUUUAGUUACUGGUGGAUUAGGUUAUACAACUGGUGGGAAUUCUAAAUUGGAUGUUUUAUAUAGUCCAUUAAAUAGUGGUGUUAUGACUAAUCUACGUACAAUCGCUGUAUUACCUACUACAACUGACAUUAAUGCUGAGGCAUUCACUUUGGAAUUACAACAUUCUAUGAGUUCGAUGGGAUCAUCUGUUCGUCUUACUUCAGAUAUCGUACUGAAACGUUUAGGUUCAUGCGCAUUCGAUAGCGUUAGCCAGUAUAGACUUAGUACUUGGCUAAGUCAUCAAGAAGACUCACAUCGUAUUGUUUUCUUUGUUUGUGACUGUCAGCGGGUUUCAGCCUGGAAUCGUAUAUGCAUUCGUCAAGCUGAUUGCAUUUUGGUUUUAGCUUUGCAUUCGUCUGAUCCAGCGCGUCCCUCACCAAUAGAGAUGGCAUUAAAAAAUGACCCAACGAAGGUUGCCAAGGUGCUUAUUCUUAUGUAUCCUUUAGAUACAGAUUAUACAGAAUCCGGUAAAACUGCAGUAUGGUUAAAUGCUCGACCAUGGAUUAGUCAACAUUAUCAUAUACGUUGUGAACCUCGUGUAUUUAUACCUCGUUCAAAGUUGAAUCUCAUCAAUUUUUAUACUCAAGUAUUUGCUCGUGAAAAACCUAAUCCACUAUCUGAUUUCUCUCGUCUUGCUCGUUACAUAGUAGGUGAAGCUGUUGGUCUUGUUCUAGGUGGUGGAGGAGCAAGAGGUUGUUCACAUGUUGGACUGAUACGCGCUUUUCAAGAAGCUGGGAUUCCAAUUGAUUUAGUUGGCGGUACAAGUAUUGGCUCUUUUAUGGGUGCUUUAUGGGCUGAUGAAACUCGUGUUGCACAGUUUACUCAAAGAGCUAGAAAUUUCACUAACUGUUUCAAUUCUAUAUGGAAAAAAAUAAAAGACUUCACUUAUCCUGCAGUGUCGAUUUUUUCUGGUAAAGAACUUAAUCGUCAACUUCAAUCGACAUUUCAUGACCGUCAAAUUGAAGAUUUUUGGCUUCCUUUCUUUUGUGUAACAACAGAUAUAACAAAUUGUAAAAUGCGUAUUCAUACACAAGGAUCGUCUUGGAGAUAUGUACGUGCAAGCAUGUCAUUAUCUGGUUAUUUGCCACCAUUAUGUGAUCCUUACGAUGGAAGUUUAUUGUUGGAUGGUGGGUAUACUAACAAUCUACCAGCUGAUGUAAUGGUAUGUUUCGGUGCGAAAACGAUCUUUGCUAGUGAUGUUGGUGCUGCUGUAGAGACAGAGCUUACAAAUUAUGGUGAUCAUUUAUCUGGUUGGUAUUUGUUAUACAAUCGAUAUUUCAGAAUCGGCACUCCUGUACUACGUAUCCCAAGUCUAACAGAAAUUCAGGCUCGUCUAGCUUAUAUUUCUUGUGUACGACAAUUGGAAUAUAUAAAGGCCAGUGGUAUAUGUUUUUAUCUUCGACCACCGGUUGAUAAGUAUUUAACUCUUCAAUUCUCUGCGUUUGAUGAAAUAGCUAAUGUUGGCUAUGAUUACAUUAAAUCUAUACUUAAUACUUGGCACGAAGAAGGCCGUUUACAAAAUCUCAUACCAGGUGUGAAACUGCAUAUUUCCUCUUCGACUGAAAUAUCUACAUGUGAGAUAGAUCCGUCAACUACUCAGUUAACUCCAGUUCAUUCAACAGCAACUGAUAACUGGUUAACUCAGAGUUUUAGUGAUCAGCCCACAUUCAUUGAUCUAGCUGAAUGUGUAGCUAAAACAUCCAAAGGUGUGAAUUCUUCAGGUAGGUGUUUUUUCUCUGCUAAUUUAUGUUUCAUAACAUUUCUUAUGGAAAAACAGUGGUAGGUUCUUGAAGUUUUAUUAAUUUUACAUUAAUAAGGGUAAUAAUGGUUAUUAGUUAGUGCAAGUUCCGAAAACGAAUGAUUAAUAGAUUACUCAGAAUUUAUGGGUAAAGUUAUUAUAUUGUAUGUUAUCAAAUAAUGACCAAGUAAUAAUAACGAAUGAUUGCUUCAAUUAGCUAGUUACUGUAGUUGAGUGCUUUAAGAUGUUAUGCGUAUAAAUAUAAAUUGAUCGUCUAGAUCAUGAAUAUAACCGGUUCAUAUAACAUUGUACACAAUUAUUUUUCACAUAUAUUUUACGUGUUUGUGAAUGAAUUCAUUGGCCCUGUUAUGUGUGUAAUAAGCGAACUGUCGAAUCCUUGAGAAUAAGGGAUACAAUAGACUGAUUUGAAGGCUACAUGUACAUAAACUCAGUAUCCAGUACUAACUUGAUAAUCAACGAUGUAACACUACUUGAUACAAUAAAAAGGGUCGCAGCAUUAUUAGUUAUUUACAGUGUUCACUAUUAUUGAUGAUCAAAUAUUUUCCUACUAACUCACAGUCAAACUAUCUUGUUUUGAUACUCUACAUGUAAAAGACAACUUCGAUUUCCUCAAUAUUGACUCAGUCAGUUAGCUGAUAGUUUUAUCUUCAUUUUUUGAGUGAAUUAUGCAUUUGCACAAAUUAUUCACAUGUUGGUUCUAUCAUUAUAACAGUGUUGACGUAUGACUUACGAUAUACUAGUCCAUCUGUCUGUGGAGAAAUUACUCAGUAAGGUAGAAAACUGAUCGAUAAACGGAUUACAUCCAUUCUGAAUAUAUUAGAAAUUCGAGCUCACAUGGUCAUUGUACAAAUAUAUGUUUAUACUAUUUCAUUAAUGAACACUAUGUAGUAAAUAUUGUCCUUCACAAUGUUUAAGAUCGAUUUGGUUAGCAAAUAUGCAACCUCAACAUGUCGAUAAUGGAACAAAGAUAAGGCUUGCUGUUUUGUAUAUAGAUAUGAGGCCAGUAUAGUUUGUAAACUUAUUGUGUAGCUGUCAGAUUGAAGGGGAUUUAAGCUGUCAUAUCUAUUAUACUUGAAAUUAUUCCUAUUCUUUGUCGUAUCUGAUAGUUAUAUCAGACAUUUGGAGUACUAUAUUUUUAUAUUUACUUACUUGCAAGCUGUUGUCUAACACAUAAACUGUCUCAUAUACGUCUUAUUAUUGAGAUUUAUUAUAAACUGCUUCCCUUUUCCUUCUUUUUUAUCACUCAUGGCUGUGUUGUACAUACACUGUAAAGUUUUAUGUUGUUGUACUGUCAGAUAUUUUAGCUACAUCAUAGUAUGAAAUCUGAUUAAGUACAGUAGAAAAAAUAUCCGCUUGCUAAUUUGUUUUCUGAUUGGCCCUAAAAUGCCCUGGUACGGUGGGGAGAGUCAGCUCUCCCUCUUGAAAUGCUCUCACAUGGCCACGCGUAUACAGCCAAUGCCAGGGAUGUCUCACUCACUGCCUCCUCGCGGAGGUAUUGUUCACGAAAUUGAAAAGACUAAAGGGAAUGUUCGGGGAGUUGAAAAACUCUGAUUCCAAACCAAUGGUGCACAUGAUCUCCAGGAUCCUGGAGGAAAAAGUGGCGUAUGAACCAAUCGUUGGUUGCCGGUUACCAUGGCACUGCAUCGCCUGACGUUGCUCCACUGCCUUGUGGAUCAGACCUUAAGGUCUAGGGUUCGAGGUGUGGCCCUCUAACAAAACUGCCUACUUCAGUCUGAACACCCGGGCAGUAUCACAGCCCACAGAAAAAUCAAGUGACUUGUGUGACGCAUAUGUGUUCGGUGCCCCUUUGUACCAAUAUUUACGUGUUUGAAUAAAUAAAUAAACACUGAGUUAGAGGUUGCUUGAGGAAUGAUAAGCGUUAAAGUCUAGAUCAUCGAUCCUACAGACCAAAUAUAGGUGUACUUGUUCUUAAUAAUCGAUAAUCUGAUCACGCUGACCCCAGUAUAAUCCAAAGAUUUGUUUUUGAAGAUGCAACAGUAAUUUUCCAGGGUGUACAGUUUACCUUAUUAUAUGUAACCCAACCUGUAAAUCACAGUAUUUACUAAUGUAUAGAAUACUAUUCAUUGGGAUAUUUGUUUUCAAAUAAAAUGUAUCAGUUUUCGCUCCCAUUAACAAGAGAACUUAUGAACAAUAUACGACAUGACAUAAGUGUGUAACAUAUUAUUGUAAUUUGCAUCGCCACUCAGGGGAAGACAAAGAGCAAGGGAGAAGGCAAAAUAUAUUCAUUAUGCCAACUGCAGAAGAAAAGAAUGCCUUAGGUAGUUUUUAGGUUGUCUACCAUUCUUUAUAAAUGAGAUAUUGACUUACAAUCAGACGGUGUUAUUAAAAAAAUAACGGUUUAGUUUGUUUCACAGGUCCAGCGGAAAAUCUACGACCAGAAUAACGAUUAUAUAUAAGAAUAACAUGCGUUUGCAUAUCUGGUACUUGAAGUAAUCAAAAGACUUUUACAGUUACUAUACAUAGUAUUUGGUUUUUUGGUUCUAGUAAUAAAAGCUUUGAACUUAACAACACACCAUUUGUUUUUUUUAAACAGGUUCUGAUAAGUACCAUAGAACAGAUGGUACCAAUGUACAAAAUUUCCCUCAGUUACCUGAUAUUGAUAGUAAAAUUACUAUAACUGAUAUUUCUACCUAUACCGAUCCUACUGUUUCAAGUGGUAGCAGUAUAACUGCUGUAAGGAAAUUUCCGAAAUCUACACACACCGUUGUUUCAGAUUCAACAUCACGAUAUUUUGAUACUGAUCACUGUUUACAGUCUGGAUCCAGUUCGAAAAUUUCAUCUUCAAAUGAACAAUAUCGCAAGGAAGAACAAAAGCAUAUUUUCGACUUUUUGAAGAAUAAUCUGUCUUCCAAGAGUAGACGACGUUUUCUAAGUGAUUGUUACGAUUUAUCUUUAAAUGUCGGUAGCAGUUAUUCAUACCGAAAUUCAGACGUCUUACGUAAUGUAAAUCGUGCUCCAGUCCUAAACAAUUUGAUUAUAAGUGGUGUCCACCCUAAUCAUUUACGGAAAUAUAAAUCUGAUUAUGGUCUGCAAGCGUAUGACAACAGUCAAACAGGGAAUUUAAUAAUGAAUAGUGAUCUCGACCCAGUGGUUAAUGCAUCUGAGAAAUCCGCACACGUUGCUAAAUACAGUCUGUCUUCCUUUAGAUCUUUGGAAGAUGAUGGUUAUUUAGAAGAUGAUGAAAGUUCCACAGACUGUGCACAUUCUCCGGUUACAGCAUCUGAUCCCGAAUUAAGACAUGAUGUUUACCCCCAAUCCAGUAAUGCAGAAGACAGGGGUUUGCGCCAGAGAUCAUCUUCUAUCUAUGGACUUCCACAUUAUUUGUUACAUACAGAAGUGUCAAACAAGAGAUGUGAUUCACCGAAUUCUGAUAAUAAUGUGAAAAAUCCAUCCAUCAUAAAAGGUCAACAAGGAAGUAGGGAUGCGAAUGUGUUUAUGAACAACCCAUUGCUUAAGUUAGAUAUGACAUCUGUACGUAAUCGAACGAAGCCAAAUCGCAAAAGACAUCACCGUUCAUCAUUAGAUCGAUUACGGAGUGAUCGUGAUCGAGGGGCAGCAAACUCGCUUGUUAACCUGCCAUAGUGACAAGUUAAAUGAUUACAUUGAAUUGAUAAAUAUGUGCUUGUGUAUGUACAUAUUCGUAAAAUUGUGAUAUUUCAUUUAUCAAUUACGUCUACGUAUAUGAAGGCAUGUUUGCUUUUAUAUUUUAUUUCUUCUUACUUCCAAAUACUCACUCACUCAUUCACUUUCAUCCUAAAACAAGGAGAUUCUUUAAGGUAAUAUACAUAUAUAUUUCAUAAGAGCAAAAUCACUUCACAUUUUCCCACGUGAUAAAUAUUUGAAAACAGAUGUUAUAUUUCAUGUUUACUAUAUACAUUACCUACAACGAUUUCA